AUGGGCAAGGAAGACAAAGCCAGUAAAAACUUCAACUUGAAGGUGCCCAAGGGUACGCGCGACUGGACCGGCGAAGAUGCCGCCCUCCGCGACCGUCUCUUCGACACUGUGACCGACGUCUUCAAGCGCCACGGCGCCACGACCCUCGAUACGCCAGUCUUCGAGCUGAAGGAGAUUCUGAGCGGCAAGUAUGGUGAGGACUCAAAACUCAUCUAUGAUUUGCAGGAUCAGGGUGGGGAACUAUGCUCGCUGCGUUACGAUCUCACCAGCUUCAAGCGCUAUCAAAUCGCCAAAGUAUACCGCCGCGACCAGCCUGCCAUGACAAAAGGACGGCUGAGGGAAUUCUACCAAUGCGACUUCGACAUUGCGGGCUCCUACGAUGCCAUGAUUCCCGACGCCGAGGUCCUCAAGAUCGCAACAGACGUAUUUGAUUCCCUCAAGUGGGAGUCCUAUACGAUCAAAAUCAACCACAGGAAGGUGCUCGACGGUAUUUUCAAAGCCGCCGGUGUACCGGAGAACCUGAUACGGCCAAUCAGUUCAGCAGUGGACAAGUUGGACAAGCUGCCGUGGGCCGAAGUUAAGAAGGAAAUGGAGACAAAAGGCCUUGAUUCAGAAGUUGCAGAUAAAGUUGGACACUGGGUACAGAGAAAAGGCGGCGAUGAUAUCAUCGAGUUUCUCAAGACAGAUGAGGCGCUCUCUAAGAAUGAGGAUGUCUGCAAAGGCGUACAAGAUAUGGAGAAGCUCUUCGCGUAUCUAGAUGCGUUCGGCGCUCGAAAGCGAAUAUCGUUCGACUUGUCCUUGGCCAGGGGUCUCGACUACUAUACCGGCGUCAUCUAUGAGGUCGUCACAGAGGGGUCUGCACCACGGGUACAAGGAGAACAGCAAGAGAUUGGCGUCGGAAGUGUUGCAGCUGGUGGCCGCUACGACGAAUUGGUGGGAAUGUUCAGCGGAAAGCCCAUUCCAUGUGUUGGUAUCUCAUUUGGCAUCGACCGCAUCAUGAGCAUCAUGAAAGCAAAGGGGCAGUCGACGCAGCGCGCCAAAGAUGUCGACGCAUUUGUCAUGGCAUUUGGUGGGAAGGGGUUCACCGGCAUGUUGACGGAACGUAUGCAAGUUGCGCAAGAGCUGUGGGCUGCUGGUCUCAAAGCAGAAUUCUCCUACAAGGCCAAGCCCAAGCUACCGCAACAAUUCAAGCAGGCAGAGUCGGCGGGUGUUCCACUUGCUGUGAUUCUGGGUGAGGAUGAGCUGAAGAACGGCAAGGUUAAGAUCAAAGUCUUGGGCAUCAAGGACGAGAACGACCCGGAAAAGGAUGGCGUUCUUGUCGACAGAGCUAACAUGGUUGAGGAGAUUCGAAAGAGGCUAUGA